AUGCGCCAUCCGACUUGCCACCCGUUGCUGGCAGAAACCUCGCUUCACACCGCGGCGUCGACGGAAGGUGCGUCCCAGACGUGCGCGGUCGAAGCCGCCGAUGUCGAUGGCGACUUGGCGUUGCGGGUGUUCAACUCGUUGGAUACGAUGCAAGCAGGGGUGCUGACAACCGCGCAAGUCGUCGCUGGGGUUCGCGCUGCCGCAGCAACGUGUCGCAUCACGCUGCACGGGAACGUCGAGCUUGCGGUGCAUCAGUUCUUCCAUGGCCAUUCAUCCAUUGACGCCAAGACGUUUGUCGACACCAUUUCGUCGGUGGCAUACUUCCACCCGAGUGUUUACGACCGUCCCGCCCGACCAAGCGAAGGUGAUUCCAGUGGCAAUGCCGGCGGCAAACGAUGUCGCUUCCGCGCACUGUGGACGGUCCUGGCAACGUAUCCGCUUCGUAUCAAGUUGUGGUGGGUCCUCUACGCCGCGCUCAACGUCGGAGUGUUUUUCUGGAAGUUUAAAGUUUAUCACGACCGCAAACCAGCGUUCAACCUGGCGGGCUACAACGUGUGCAUCGCUCGGGCUGCUGCCCAAGUCAACCUCGUCAGCGGGUUCUUUUUGCUCUGGCCAACAUUCACUCGUGCGCAGUACGCCAUCACAAAAGCCAGCCCCGACAUUGCACGUGCCAUGGGCUUUGAGCACCGCGUGGCGUGCCACGUCGUCCACGGCGUCCUCUUUUACGUGUCGGGGUGGGUGCACGUCGUGGCGCAAGUGAUUAGCAUUUGGGUCAAAAUCCCCCGGGCGUCGGAUAGCGCAUGGGCGGAGUCGGCCCUCGCCAAAGCCCCCGACUUUGCGGGAAAACCCAAGCCACCCCCGUGGGCGUUUGUGGCAACGUUGACGGGGUGGACGGGCGUCGCCAUGCUCGUGUGUAGCCUCGGCGCGUGUGCGUGCAAAAUGAAGUUUUGUCGGUGGUCGACCCGACGAAACAUUCGAUGGAACGUGUGGGGGCACGUCCUCGAUGGCGUCAUGUUUGUGCUGACGUUUGUGCAUGGCAUCCGCGGGUGGCUGGAGCCGCCCCAGGCCGCCAUCUUCUUGGCGAUCCCGGUCGUCGUCUACGUCGUGGUCGAAGUUUUCCCACGGUACUUGUGCACCAAGUUGUCGGCCGUGUCGCACUACUCUAAAACCCAUGACACGCUGACGCUGUACAUCCCCAAGACGAAGCGCUUUCACGAUGCCGUGCCCGGGUCGUUCCUCCGCCUCCACGUCCCUCUCGUCGACAAGGUCGAGUGGCAUCCGUUUAGCAUCACCGCUCAAGACCCACACGAGUUGGCAGUGCAGAUUCAAGUAGCGGGCGACUGGACGCGACGGCUGUAUGAGGUCGUGCACCCACACUUGUUUGUUCGCAUGGACGGCCCGAUUCCAGCUCCCGCAGUCGAAGUGGGCCAGUAUGGAGUUGCGGUCUUGUUUGGGGCUGGCAUUGGCAUUACGCCGUACGUGUCAGUUCUCCAGCAACGACUAGCCAACGACAAGACACUUGACCAACGCAGCCACCGGUCUCGAUCGCCGAUUCCAGUGCCAACUCAACAGCUCUACGUCCAUUGGCAAACCAGCAAGCAAACCAUGUUUGCAACGCAUCAGCAUGUACUCGGCCAAGUCGGGUCCCUCCCCUGCGUCGACGUUCAAUUGUACCUCACGGGAACCUUUGCCAAAGCGGUCCCCGACGCCACGGACGUGCUGAGGGUGCUGCAAUGGAUGGCCACCGACGAUUGCACUCGAGUGGACGCGAUCUCCGGCAUCGCCAACCUUCCCCUGCCAACGAAACUGGGGCGGCCCAACUAUCACGGUGUGUUGGCGGCCGUUGCGACCGCGCAUCACAACACCCCCAUCGGCAUCUUCUUCUGUGGGCCCGCCCCGCUCAAGGCGACCAUUCGCAACACGCUGCACCAAGUGACUACAGAGUUCCGUGCCCGCGGCAACGACGUCAAGUUCAUUUUCCAUCCAGAGGUAUUUUAG